UCUGGAAUCGAGCUGUUUGUGAACAGGCUUGACUCUGUAGAGUCUGUCCUUCCCUAUGAAUACACUGCGUUUGAUUUUUGUCAAGCAGAAGGAAAGAAGCGUCCCUCUGAAAACCUUGGCCAAGUGUUGUUUGGAGAGAGGAUAGAACCAUCUCCUUACAGGUUCACCUUCAACAAGAAGGAGACAUGUAAAUCUGUUUGUACAAAAACAUAUGAUACCACAAAGCCAGAAGAUAAACAGAAAUUGGACUUUUUGAAAAAAAGUAUGCUACUGAAUUAUCAGCAUCAUUGGAUUGUGGACAACAUGCCUGUGACCUGGUGUUACGACGUUGAAGAUGGCCAGAGGUUCUGCAAUCCCGGUUUUCCUAUCGGCUGUUAUAUUACAGAAGAUGGCCGUCCAAAAGAUGCCUGUGUUAUUAAUUCAGAAUUUCAUGAAAAAGAUACCUUUUAUAUCUUCAACCAUGUUGACAUAAAAAUAUUUUACCAUGUGGUGGAAAAUGAAGCUCUGGGAGCAAGACUAGUUGCUGCUAAACUUGAACCAAAAAGUUACAAGCAUACUCAUCCAGAUAACCCUGAUUGCUCAGGAGUACCUAUGGAUAUAAGCAAUAAGGCUAACGGAGAAAUCAAAAUUGCUUACACAUACUCAGUUUCUUUUGAAGAAGAAAAAAAUAUAAGGUGGGCAUCAAGAUGGGAUUAUAUUUUGGAAUCCAUGCCUCACACUCACAUUCAGUGGUUUAGUAUUAUGAAUUCCUUGGUGAUUGUCCUCUUUCUGUCCGGAAUGGUAGCUAUGAUUAUGUUGAGGACGCUACAUAAAGACAUUGCAAGAUACAAUCAGAUGGAUUCCACUGAAGAUGCUCAAGAAGAAUUUGGCUGGAAACUGGUUCAUGGCGAUAUUUUCAGACCCCCAAGGAAAGGAAUGCUGUUGUCUGUUUUUCUAGGCUCUGGCACACAGAUCUUAAUAAUGACUUUUGUUACCCUGUUUUUUGCUUGCCUGGGAUUUCUGUCGCCUGCCAACCGGGGAGCUCUAAUGACCUGUGCUGUAGUUUUGUGGGUACUGCUUGGAACUCCAGCUGGUUAUGUUGCUGCCAGAUUCUACAAAUCAUUUGGGGGUGAGAAAUGGAAAACAAAUGUCCUGCUGACAUCAUUCCUUUGUCCUGGAAUUGUGUUUGCAGAUUUUUUUAUCAUGAACCUCAUUCUCUGGGGAGAAGGCUCUUCAGCAGCUAUCCCAUUUGGGACUUUGGUUGCUAUUUUGGCACUCUGGUUUUGCAUAUCUGUACCACUGACGUUUAUUGGUGCCUAUUUUGGAUUUAAGAAAAAC